CGCUCUUGGGUGUGCUGUCGACCGUCGAUGCGUGCAUGCUGGAUGGCGCCGACACGGGCGUGUGCACGGAGCCGAUGGACUUCGACCUGCUGUUACCGUUCUGCAAGGCCGUCGUGCCCUACACGGCGUGUCUGCCGCGGUACCAGGCGCUGUGGUACAACCACUCGGCGCUCACCAAGGACCGGUUCGUGGAGCAAAUGUUCAACAAGCUCGUGAUCCAGCGCAAGAUCUACGAGACCAACACCACGAUGGCAGACGACGACACGGACGAGUGGGGCGGACCUCGCUCCAUUACGCCGCGGUUCACGGACAACCCGGACUGCGAGAACGCCUUCCGCAACUACUUCUGCUGGCUCAACUUCCCGCGCUGCGACUCGGAAGGACGCAGUCUGCUCAUGUGCCGCAGCGUGUGCGAGAACUUCAUGACGUCCUGCCAGUACUCGAGUGAUCUGUGGCGGUGUGGGGACCCCAAGUAUGUGAACGCUCGCUCGGCCGAAAUCAGCACCACUUGGAUUGAUCAAAAGCUGGUCUACUAUCGAGCGCCGUACCCCGGAUCCCCCUUUAAAGACAACGUUGCGGACCCCGACACGAACAAACCAGUGGUGGUGUGCACGCCCAGCCUCGAAAACACUGCGAGGUCUAGCUGUGGAGCAUCCCAAGUCGUACUGGGCUUCGCUGCAGCUUUGUGGCUCCUUUCAUAUUGA